AUGUUGCCAGGAUUACGACACUUGUACUAUCAACAGCAAUAUACGCCAGGACCCAUUCAACCCAUCACAGGAUAUGAUGAAGAUCAGGGUGAUCACAAGGAGGAGGAGGAGGAGUCGCGAUCCAACAAUGGUGUUUCUUUACGAGGGCUCUCGAUUCAUGCUUCGGAUGCAGAAAGUUUUAUGUAUCAAAGAGGAAUCAAGUACUUGCGACUGGUACAUGCGCAUCUUUCACACCCUAUGAAGUCCACCUUUUUCCCAAGUCGACUCAUCCAUCAGAAUUGCAAUACACUGGAAGCUUUGGAUUUAUCACCAACAUCGCUAAAAUGGCCGGAGGUGCUGAUCCCAUCAUUCGCAUCCUUGAUCAACUUGAAACGUAUACGGAUUUGGUUUCGGUAUAUGGAUACUCUCUGUGACCAAGCGGUUGGUGUAUUUUAA